GGAAGCCCACUUGAUAAGCGAUCUCUGCCCCACAGGACUUGGGAGCAGGAUUCCUUGCAGUAGUGCAGCAGAUGUGCUUAUAGCAAGGCAUCGUAGGGAAGGCCGGGGUUUUUGCCCAGCUCCAGGGGACCAUCGGGCGGCCUGUGCUCGCAAGACGACAGGGUCAUGCAGCAGAAACAGGCCAGGACUCAGUCAGGCGCGCUGCGUGAGCGCGAUCCAGACAGGUUCUACUGCCCGUAUCCCAACUGCACGCGAUCUUUCGCGGAGCUAUGGAGGCUCAAGGUGCACUAUCGGGCUCCGCCUGAUGCGAGAGGGAGCGGCAAGGAGAGAGGGCACGGCUGCGAGCUGCAAUUCUGUCCAAAGUGUGCCAAGGAGUUGAAGGCAGGCAAGCAUCAUGUCGGAUGCUUCGCAGGCAGGGCUGGCGCGAAGCAGGCAGCGAAGCGUUCCAAGGCACAGGAAGAUUUCGGGAAAACCCAAACAGUGGAGAUAGACAUGAAACGGCGAUGCAGCGCACCUGUCGGGGGCGACUGGAGAUUACCACCGGCACUGCCAGAGGACUUCUCCGCAGCGCUGGACGCAUGCCGCCCCAGCUAUCCGCACCCCAUUCAGUCGCAGAGCAGAGGCGCCUCCUCGCAAGACAGCGAGGCGUCGCAACCCCUGCAGCCCAGCCAAAAGAAGCGGCGGACGGUGGACGGGAGGAUACAGAUUGGGGAGGAGGAGGGGGGCCUGGUGCGCUGCCAGAGCACGAGUCUGGCGGACCUGCACCUGAGCGGCUGCGGCCAUUUCUCUAUGGACUCCUGCGCCGAUGUUCUCCUGCCUGAGCCCCACCCCUGCACCUCCGGCUCUGAAGGCACCCCGGGCGGGCCGCUACACCGCACAAUAUCGGCGCCACCGCUGGCGAGUGCCCUGCCGCAGCAGCGGAGCAUGAAGGAGUCCCUCUUCGACUUCACCAGCAUCUUUGACGGGGACGUGCUUGCCGACUCGCCGCCGCCGCAGCACAAGCGGCCGCCCGCCGUCUGCAACAUCCACGCCACCUCAGCCUCCGACGUGUUGCUGGAGCUGCCGGGCUUCUGCGGGCUGUACGACGACGACCACAUAAUGCGCGCCAUGAUCGUCGAGCUGGCCGGCACCGCGCCGCAGCCGCCGCAGCAGCCGCACCACCGCCGCUACGGCAGCGCGCACCCCACCUGCUGGGAUCAUGACAUGCACGCCAUGGACUCGCAGGUGGCACGCGAUUCGCACACGCUGACAUCAGCGCACAGCGCGCCGCACCGUCACACGCCGCCGCUAUCGCCGGCCGGGCCGCUGCCGCUCGACGCGCUGCUAGGAUUUUCUGGGACGUCCGGUGAGUCAUCGCCGCAGCACAGCGGGCCCAGCAUGGCGGCAUGCGGCAGUUCGGCGUCCGGCCGCGGAAGUGCGAGUCUUCACACGCAGCCGCACUCGCCGCCGCUGCCGCAAUUCCCCAGCUUUGGGGAUGACCUCAACUACCUGCAGGAUGGGCGGUUUGGCUGGCACGACAAGCACAUCCUGUCGCCGCCGGAGCACCCCUACUUCUCCCUGGAAGCCUACUCCACCCACAAGCACCGCAGCAUGGAUGGGAGGGGAAAGCAGCAGCACCAGUCAGGGGGCUACAUGGGAAAUCUGGAGCCAGCCCCUCUGUCCCCAGACACCCUCAUGCACCCCGCUGACAGCGACUCCAGGAGGUGGAGUCCCUUGUCGGAGCAGACUCAAACCUUCCGCCACUGCUGAGGCCGGAAGCCAUACAGUACCGCCAGCUCUCUGCAGC